AUGAAGUCUACCAUCAUGUUCACCUCUGCCUUCUUGGCAACCCUCAACCUUGUUGCUGCUGGCCCGGCUCCCGUGGUAGCGGCAACAGUAUCCGUCUCCUUUGACCCCAAAUAUGAUAUCGGAACAUCCUCUCUGAACACCGUAUCCUGCUCCAAUGGAAUCAACGGCCUGAUCACUCAAGGCUAUACCGACUUUGCAUCGCUGCCAAGCUUCCCAAACAUUGGCGGUGCGAUCACCAUCCCGGGCUGGAACAGCCCUAACUGCGGCAAAUGCUACGAGCUGCACUACUCGAACGGCAAGAUCGACAAGACCAUCAACGUCCUUGCUGUCGAUGCCGCCCCGGGUGGCUUCAACAUUGGCCUGCAAGCCAUGAACACGCUGACCAACGGUCUGGCGGAGGAGCUCGGUCGUGUUGACGCUACUUAUGUUGAAGUGGAGGGCAGCGCUUGCGGGCUGUGA